CGUCUUUCUUUCUUCAUUCUGUGUUUUCUGUCUGUUACGAUCCACAGUCCCCCACCUCGAUUCAACAUGACCGAUGUCUCUGAUGCUCUCGCUCCUCGUGACGAGGAGCAUGACCCCCAUUUUGAGCCCGUCAUUAAACUCACGGAGCAAGUAGAGACCAAGACAAACGAGGAGGAUGAGGAUGUGCUCUUCAAGAUGCGUGCUAAGCUCUUCCGAUUCGCGUCAGAUUCCUCAGAGUGGAAGGAACGUGGUACUGGCGAUGUCCGUCUGCUGCAGCACAAGGAGACAAAGAAAGUGCGGCUAGUGAUGAGACGCGAUAAGACGCUGAAGGUCUGCGCUAACCACGCAAUCACCUCCGACAUGAAACUGCAGCCCAACAUUGGCUCCGACAGAAGUUGGGUCUGGAAGGUCGCCGCCGACUACUCUGAAUACCCUCCGACCUCGGAGACGCUAGCUAUUCGCUUCGCCAACGCUGACAAUGCCGCGGAAUUCAGGAAUGCCUUCGAGAACGCGCAGAAAAUCAACGCCAACCUCACCUCUAGCUCUGCCGAUGUUCCUCCCCCUGAAGUGCCCGAGGAAGAGUCUAAGGAAGCACCAGCUGAGGAAAAGGAGGAAACCAAGGAGGAGGCUAAGGAGGAGGCCGCAGAAGCAGCGGAAGAGAAGAAAGAAGAGUAGAUCCCACUAUCAAUACUAUAUCCUCCCCCCAUACUGCGACUUGUUGUUUCAACUACCCAUUGUGUUCGUCUUAGCGUUGCACACCUGACUCUAUUGCGAAUCAACAUGACUUUGUAUCUGACUGUAAAUAAA